CUGUGCGUUACAGCAUGCGAGAAGUUUGCAACCAACAACGAGAGUGCAGCUAGGAUGAUAAAGGAGUCGAUGGACAAGAAGUUCGGCAGCUCGUGGCACGUGGUGAUCGGCGAGGGCUUCGGCUUCGAGAUCACGCACGAGCAUGAGGGCAUGCCGGUGCCGCCGCUUGAAGGGUGUGUGUGCCUUGAUGAUGUGUGUGACGCUGGCUCUACACAUGCUGGUAAUACUACUGGUCAUGUCGAUGUUCACCUCAACCUGUGAGCCUGUUCAGCGGCAUCGAGCUCGACCUCGCAACCUGACCUCGGCCAACCCCACACACGCCAGCUCUACCAGCAGACGUGCAGGAGCAGCUGAUCUCGCCAAGCUGGAGGCUUUGUUCUCCCAUGCGCUGUAUACCCUACAUGGUCUGUCGAGUCCCGACGACGACACUCUGCUGCGAGUCCGAACCCAAGUGAAUGAGGAGCACAAUGCAGAGCAGUGGGUAAGUAACAGCAAGGAGGGCUAUGAUCCUAUCCUGUGGAACAGCAGUACAGAGACCCACCCUCCGUGGCUUCGGUUCCACCUCGGCAUCUCCCGCUGGCAGCUGUAUUCGCACCGAGACACCAACCUACCUGCUCUUCUGGAGCAGCUGUCAACUCACCGGAUCAUCAGUGCAGUUCAGAAAACAGGAGGAACGCAGCUGAAGUUGGUGAUUACCUUCUCAAACUACGGACAGGCGCUCUUCAAGCCCAUGAAGCAGGAGAGGAAUGACGAGACUAAUGUGAACCUGUACUAUUUCUCAGACUUCGAGAGGCACAACGCAGAAAUUGCAGCCUUUCACCUAGACAGGAUUCUGGGAUUUCGGCGUAUGCCCCCGGUUGUGGGAAGACUGAUUGAUGUAAUUAAGGAAGUUAAAGACAUCACCACUGACCACAAAUUGGCUAGGACCUUCUUCAAUUCUCCAGUGGGAAAUUCGUGCUUUUAUGGCCAGUGCUCAUACUAUUGUUCCACGGAGCAUGCGGUGUGUGGCCGACCCCGUGCUCUCGAGGGCUCCCUGGCAGCCAUGUUGCCUGACCUUUCCCUCGCACCUCGACGCUCCUGGAGAAACCCGUGGAGGCGCUCGUACAGCCGCAGCAAGCUCGCUCUGUGGGAGAAAACCCCAACAUACUGCGACGCUGUGAAAAAGACUCCGCCCUAUGACCGAGGCACCCGAUUGGUGGAUCUCAUCGAUAUGACCAUUUUAGACUUUCUGCAAAGUAAUAUGGACAGACACCAUUACGAGACAUUUGAAUUUUUUGGCAACAACACAUUUCUACUACAUUUAGAUAAUGGAAGAGCGUUUGGUCGUCACUCUAAGGACGAGCCAUCAAUCCUCACUCCUCUUGUGCAGUGCUGCAGAAUCCGGCGCUCUACGCUGCUCCGCCUACAUCUGCUCGCUUCCCCUCAGUACCGCUUGAGUGACGUCAUGCGGGCGUCUCUUGCUCAGGAUCCACUGGCUGCCAUGGCCCCCCUCCUGACCGAGCCUCACCUCUCGGCUUUAGACCGCCGUCUAGCCACAGUACUUCAGAUCAUCCAGAGCUGCCUCCUUCAGCACAAACACCACCACGAUGUCAUAUACGACGAUAUCCCUGACUUCUCAGGCUAGGAAAGUGCUCCAUCUAUACGUGAUAUUGACUUGAAGGAAUGUUCAGUUGUUUUUUACUGACAAAAACAUACUAAAUGGCAGAAUAGUAUUACAAGGUACAGUCUGGGUGACAAAAAAAUGACAGAUGGUCAGUGCAACAUUUCUAUUCUAUAUUAAGUCAUAUAAUAAAGCACAACUUUUUUGAUAUAAUCAUACAUUCAGUCAUCCUGAGUAACCUACUGAGGGAUAUGGGAAGUGCUAAAAAUAAAUAUUUAAAAUGUCUAUUUAGAUAUUCCAUUUUCACUAGCAAGUUAAUAAUAGGUUAUAAAAGCCAUGGGCAAAUGAGAUGAUAUGGCCUUUUUUAUUUUAUAUAUGCUGGUGUGAUAUGUUGACAAGUUUUAAUUUUAGUAGGUAAUAGGAAGUUUAAAAAAAGCUUGGAAGUGAACAUCAUGAGCUAAUAUAGAUAUUUAUUAAUAUAGAUAUAUAUUUCUAUUCUUCUGUUCUAUUCUUAAAAUGUUCUCUAUUUUUCUGUCCCACACAUACUUCCUCCAAAGCAUGCACUUAUAGCCAACUGUUUUAUCUCUGUCUGCCCUAUUCCAUACAUGUGAUGGUUCUGAUUGGCUAGUAGUGCUCUGAUUGACAGGUGACAUCUAGUAUGCCCCGCCUACCUAAACAGAACGGCCAGUUUUUUGUUCCUAAGGCUCACUGUUGCAACGUUGAGAUUCAAACUCAGAAAUUCAAUCAAAUGCAUUUCUACAACUAAGUUAUUGAAGUGUGUGAAAGAAGUCGUGCGAUAUAGCUA